AUGAAGGAAGAAUCGCACUGGCAGUUAGGAUGGUGGGAUCUGUCUCACUUACUUGGGGGCACCCGAAGAAAUUUCACGAUACCUCCUCCGAAACUAGUACUGGACAAGCCCGCCUCUUACGGACCUCCUACAGUUAUAUGUGUGUCUCCGGUAGAUGACCGGUUAUUCGCAUACUUUCCUGGCCGCGGGGGCGACGGCGCAGGCUGUUUGUGGAAGCGAAAGGCGCCACUUGAUAGUUGGCAUGUUUGGGAAUACUGGCCGCUCCCUCAAGGAGCGGGUGCGGUCGCUGCAGCUUGGACAGCUGCACCGCGAGAGAACCACCAAAUCAACGUCUACUAUGUGCCUCCACCUCCACAUACCCCUUCGCUUAAGGUCAUCCGAGCGUCACUUGUACAGUUGUCCAGAAGCUUUGAGGGAGAGCCACCCUCCUACGACGACACCGUAAACGGAAUUGGCGGGCAUCACGUAUGCGUGAAUGCCGCCAUCUGCUUGAGUUAUAACGAGUCGAGCAUACUGGUUGCUAUGCGGUCCCAUAUCCUGCCUUCUCCUAGCAUGGCAGGCAGCUCUCAGAACGCCAUGAGCCUUGAUCUAUCCAUGGAUGUGGCACAGUUGGAUGGAGAGACUUCACUCAACCCGGAAUGGGACUCCUGGGGAGAAGAGUCAACAAUUCAAGUAUGUGAGGUCUCCCUGCACCUCAGAAACAUAAAUCCGGUUGUCACUACUCGGACCCUGUCACCUAUAACGGAUGCCAGCCACCACCUCACGAACUUGGUCUUUAUGCCUGUCGCUCCAACAAAAAUACCUAAUGAGAAUCCCGGUGCGGAGGGGAGUCGAAUUACGCCGACGGUUUCAUGCCUUGCCGCCACUUUCCUCGAUUUUGGCGACUAUACUUCGACGCCUAAGUCGGAGGUAGCGCUGUAUGCGUUCAAGAAGUCAGUAAACCCUGGCACCGGCGAAUCAACAUGGGUUUUGCAACACACUGCGAGGCGGAAGUUCGAGGACAAAGUCAUCGAGUUUGUUCUGCCGUCCCCUACUAGAGCGUCUCUACUAGCGGGUCUCAUGGAUCUGAGUGGCAAUGCUGCUACAAAGGGUAAAGAGGUUCAAGCCUCUAUCGGCCGGCUUCAGGUGCUGAAGUUACAUGACCUAUCUCCCGACGAUUCAUGGGAGGAGGUCCCCAUCAUGUCCAGUUUCUCGAACGUUGGACGUGACGUGCUCGCCAAUAUCGCCUAUUCGCCUAACCGCAGUCUUCUCUGUAGCGUCUCCCCUACUGCCUCUCUUAAUACCCACAUUGCCAUCCAUGUACUUCCACACCGGCGAGGCCCAUCCACAUCGGCGGCAGCACUGUUACCAUCAUCUCCGCAAAUAACAAGCGUGCCAUUCCUAGCGGCCCUGGCCGUCUUGGAAAGGAUCCCGCCAUCAGACGUCAUCCAUACGCUGAAGAUGCCUUCCGUUUCGAUUGAACUAGUCUCUGAUACGCUGUAUCGGACACUGCAGUUGCUCUUCAGGACUUUCAGUGCCGAAAGUGAGAGAUGGAUUUUUGAAGUUCUCGGGCUCGCCAUUGAGGUUUACUCCGACAUUCAUCGCAAAGCGACGACAGACGCAGACAAGGCCAACUUGGUCGCUCGUCGGAAUGCUGCACUGGAUAUACGUUCUUUGGUGGUAUGUCGCAGGGCUUUUGGCCGAUGUCGAGAAGGCUCCGUCUUCGACUUAGAUGCAGUCUGGCAAUUGGUCAGCCUAUCUGGAUGGGUCAUCGAGUUUACAGAAGAACUCCUAAAAGAGUGUGUUCUCGCUGCGGAGAGUACGAUCUCUGAUGCUGCAAUUACGAGCACCUCACCGCUUGCAUCUCCGAUAUUCGUGCACCUAUGGCACCCGUAUUCCCUGCGAAGACUAAGAGACUCGCUUGUCGAUGUCAAGGCAUUCCGUGAUCAUGUCGCAGGCCUGCCAACGAGGCAGGAGCAUGCGCAGAUCGUCAGGGCCGUCUUAACGGAUGUCGUUGACAGUUCUGGAUUUGAUCUUGAUCGGCUAGGCAGGGUACUCAACGACAUUCUGCAGGAUAUGCAGGGGCUUGACGCGGACAUGCUUCACAGAAGCCUCAUAGCAUGUCAUCCAGCGCCGGCUCUUGGCUCUCAUUUACGCAAAGCAAUCGAUAGAGUCAUCAAUUCAGAUAGCAUCAAUCGGCCCCGCCUUUUUGUCAAGCCAGCAGACCUUAUCGACGGAGUAUCUCGUCUCUCCGUGACUGAUGACUACGUCAAAAUGAAACGGGACGUCGUCUCGAAGGGGCCGCUCCGUGGCAUCCCCGGCGUCAUUUGUGUACGGUGUGAAGGCGUGUCCGAAGUUGGCCAUGGAGUCAAGAUGGAACGCGGGGAUUCGACUCGAUGGCGAAAUUUGGAGCAUGACUGGGUCAGAAUAUGUAUUUGUGGUGGCGCAUGGAUCAGUCAUUCCCGAAGUUGAGUUAAUUGUAUUAUCAGUGAAUCGAACUCGGCGGCGGCGGUCUCGCAAUUGAUAAUAUCUGUAGCAAGUGG